UUUGUUUUUAACUGUAACAAGAAUCUCUUCAGGUGGCUUUUCCUGAUCUCUUUGAAGAAGCUUCGACUCAAUAUUCAAAUUAGAUCCUAAUAAUUAGAAGAUUCCUAACAUCUACGGAUCAUGUUCAUGCAUGUUUCAGACAUAUAACCGUCAUGAUAACCGUCUUCCUGUUGGAAAGCCUGCGAAACUCUACCUGGCCAGCCUAGCUCCCUUAAUUGUCAAAACCUACAAUAUACGUACAACGUGGUUUUGGCCAUUAUAUAUGGAUGAGCCUCCACCAGAUGAUCUAGUUCUCUCGUUUUAGGAAUCUUUGCUACAAACAACAGCCAUUAAUAUAAACAAUCUAUCAUGAAAAUGGGAGUUGGCGGCCAUGUCUCUAUCUCGACAAUCUUCGUCUUCGUCUUCUUCUCCAUCCUUCUUUCUUCUACGCAAGCAGCAAUUAAGCCUGACGGAAACGACUUCCAUGUGGGAUUCUACCGCAAAACUUGCCCCCGAGCCGAGGAAAUUGUGGCUGAUGUUGUUUUAAGGGCAAUGAGUAGAGAUCCAGGCAUUGCUGCUGGCCUCAUCCGCCUCCUUUUCCAUGAUUGCUUUGUCAAUGGAUGCGAUGCCUCAAUUCUGUUGGACUCAACACCGUCUGGGGCACCUGUAGAAAAAGAAUCACCAGCAAAUGGUGGCACCCUUCGUGGGCUUGAAGUAAUUGACGAGAUCAAGGCUCAGGUCGAGCAGGAAUGCCCUGGAGUUGUAUCUUGUGCUGAUAUACUGGCAUUUGCAAGCCGGGAUGCUGCUCUGCUAUCUGGUCUAUCCAACCAUCGUGUCCCAGCUGGCCGCCGCGAUGGUCUCUCUUCCCGGGCGGCUGAUACACUCGGCAAUCUCCCUAGUCCAUCAUCAUAUAUCAAUGAUAUUGCAGGAGUCUUCGCCACAAAAGGAUUGAGCCUGGAAGAGAUGGUUAUCCUCACAGGUGCACAUUCGAUCGGUGUUUCCCACUGCAGCUCCUUUGAUUAUAGACUAUAUAAUUUCAGCUCAACUCAAAGGACAGACCCUGAUCUGGACAUGCUCCAUGCUAGUUAUUUGUCAGCAAAGUGCCCACGUCCAGAGUCAUUGCUUGGAAAAGUGAAGGGUGAUGGUGCAGUGAACUUUGAUCAUUUAUCACCACACAGGCUGGACAAUGCAUUCUAUGUACAUCUAUUGCAGGGAAAGGCACUGCUGCAAUCAGAUCAGGCAAUGGCUAAUGAUCCCAAGACCAGUCGGAUUGUGCACAGGAUGGCAUUUCAUCCAAUAUCAUGGUCUAGGCUGUUUGCUAAGGCCAUGAUUCGGCUGGGGAGUGUGGAUGUGCUCACUGGAACAGAAGGGGAGAUAAGGAAAAACUGUCGGUCUGUAAACUAGUUUUUUUUUUUUUUCUUCAUUUCUUUUUUGGUGAAUAGUGUUUUGUGAUUUAUUACUAACCAUUUUUAAGGGAUGAU